AUGAACCCCGACUCGUCGUUCCAACAGCGCUCCGGGACGAUAUUUUACGUUACUGUCACGAAGAUUACCAAGGAGGUCAUCAAGGCAUCACCAGGACCCAUAAGAGGUUAUGUUCAAAAUUCGAUUGGCCUGGCGGAUGUUGAACACUUUGUGAAGGAGUGCGUUGAUUGUGCGAGUGGAAAAGGAAAACCUCCAAACGCUGGACCAACCCCUGAAAAUAUCGAACCCCGACAACCUUUCGAAGUUGUUUCGAUAGACUUCGUGACGCACAUGCCGAAGUCGGACCGAGGGAAUACGUUUUUGCUACUACUCCAAGACAUGUUUUCCGGAUAUGUGAUGUACAAACCGAUGGAUUCAACCAUCGCUCAAGAUGUCGCGGAAGCUUACGAAGAACGUGUAUUUCGGAACUUUGGAGCAAAUUCGAUGAUUCGACACGAUCAAGGCCCCCAAUUUAUGAGCGAUGUUUUUACUCGCUUUAGAGAGCUUCUAAAUAGCCGCCAGAUAGCCACUUUGGGAUACCGACCUCAAGCAAACGGGCAACAUGAACGAUCUGUAUAG